CUCCAUGUUAAUAAGAGACUAGCCCUCCGAUGACCAAUCUAUGACCCUGGGAGAGAAGCUAGGGGGCGCUGCUCUAGUGCGGACACAAGAGACAUAACACAGGCGGGAGGAGGGGGCGCUGCUGCUGCUGAUGAGGAGCGCAGCAUCUAGAGGGGGAGGAGAGGCUCAUAAUAAGGCAGAACGCCGAGCUCCUCCAGGCACACUACACCGGGCUGUAGACGAGCGGGCUGCGGGCUUAUAGCACUGCCGUACCGGCUGCCAUUACACCGCAGUGUUCGGAGCGGCCAUACGGAGGGAAGGAGCCAUGAAGCCGUGUGAAGGAGCCGGGAGUAGGCUGCCCGGAGACGGGGCUCGGUGUUCACUGGCGGGGGAGCAGAGGUGUUGUGAGGGGCCGCACAGCGCUGGGGACCCUUGGAAGGAGUGCAUGGACACCGCCGUACAGCUGGCGCUCAGGGCCGGCCAGGUGGUCAGAAAAGCCCUCACAGAAGAGAAAAGGGUGUCUACGAAAACUUCAGUGGUAGACCUUGUGACCGAAACCGACCAUUAUGUGGAAGAGCUGAUUAUUUCUGCACUAAGAGAAAAGUUUCCUUCUCACAGCUUUAUUGGUGAAGAAUCUACCUCAACAGGUUCCAAAUGUCUUCUGACUGAUGGCCCAACCUGGAUUAUUGACCCAAUUGAUGGAACCUGCAAUUUUGUACACAGGUUUCCUCCAGUGGCAGUCAGCAUUGGAUUUGCGGUCAAUCGAGAGCUUGAAUUUGGUGUAAUCUACCAUUGCACUAAUGAGAAAUUGUACACUGCAAGAAAAGGCCAAGGAGCAUUUUGCAAUGAAGAGAGGCUUCAUGUAACAAAAGAAACAGGUAUCAAGAACUCUUUAAUUUUGACAGAAAUUGGUCCUAAACGUGAUCCAGCAACUUUAAAAUUAUUUUUGGGGAAUAUGGAGAAAUUUUUAACAUUUCAGGCUCAUGGUAUUAGAGUGAUUGGCAGUGCCACACUAGCAUUGUGUCUCAUAGCUUCUGGGGCUGCUGAUGGCUAUUACCAAUAUGGACUGCAUUGCUGGGAUUUGGCGGCAGCCACUGUAAUAAUUCGGGAAGCUGGAGGGUUUGUAAUAGAUACAUCAGGUGGACCUCUGGACCUCAUGUCAUGUCGUGUGGUAGCAGCUGGUACUAUGGAGUUGGCAAGGAGUAUAGCUCAUGAGUUGCAGCCUAUUGACUAUGGAAGAGAUGACUAAAGCUUUAUGUUGACCUAUCCAAGACUGUGGGCAUACACACACUUACUUUAAUGAAUUGUAUUUGUAUUGUUUUGUGUUUUUUCAAAGAUGGGUAGAGCAUUGUAAGUUUUAAGAUCCAACCUGUGCUUUUGUUACUAUUUUUAGUCACUUUGGUUUGUUAGCAAAGAGUUUCUUUAUUUUAAACUGUGCUGGUAAAUUGCCAGAAGAUAAGCAGAACUUUUACACCUGUUCUAUUGUUUUAAUCCAAGAUGUUAUGUGAAAUAUAAAACUAAAAUUAAACUUUAUUUUUUCACAAUUACUUUCUCACCUGAUCAUCUACGUUUCCAUGACUAAUGAACACCAAUGCUGUUUGUCUGAAUGCACCAAAUUAUAAAGAACUGUAAAUGUCAAAUUUAAUUUAUAAAAUGUGUGCAUUUUUAGGCAGGGUUCACACACAGCUUUUUUUUAUCCGUUUGCCCUAACUUUCUAUUACAUAGAAACAUAGCAUAACACAAUCCAUGCUCUGCCUAUGGAGAAUUCUUGAUUGAGUUCUCACUGCAUUUUGUAAGCAGAGGACUAAAGAUCAGAACCUAUACUGUGUCAGCUGUAAAGUAGAAGUAGAAUUGCCAGGCUUAUUCAGGCAAUGUAUGGCAAGAAGCAAUGGUGCAGAAUUGUUUUGCCUGCUGCUCCUCAAAAUUAGGUACCUGGGUCUUCAGAAAGCCAACAGCUGGGAACAGAGAUGGGAAAUAAUCAUCCAAAUACCCAGAGGACAGUAUUUGAGGAUUGAAAGGACUUUUUCCUCGGCUAAUUGCCCUUCAGGAUAUAUUUAAAGCCCUGGAAUACCCAAGCUACGUUAUAAGGGGGCGUACAAAUAGGCUUUGGAACGUUACUGGUCCCUUGGGCAAAAGAAAAAGGGGGGGGGGGGGGCACUACACAUUAUAGGUACACGAUUAGGUACAAUUUGGCUCCAUGAUAAGCAUGCGUACAUGACAGUGUAAAAACAUGUCUGAACUGGAGACUAUUGAUAUUGCUACUUGUAAUAUCCAAAAGUAGAAAGGUGGCACUUGAAUUACAAAGAAAUGGUUUGUUUUAUUCACCAAUUAGUGCAAAAGAAAGAUCUCCUGGUGAGAUAGAAAUAGCUUUUUUUUCACUCUCACCAGGAGAUCUUUCUUUUGCACGAAUGGGUGAAUAACUCCAUUUCUUUGGAGUUUUGGCCUGCGCCUCUCGACUUGGAUAUUGGAUUGUCUAAGGGCUGUGAGUCUAGCCUUGUGAAUCAGAGCACCCACAGGACUAAAAGUCCAAGCACUGUGCCGGUUCCACAUUUGUUUCUGUGUUCUCAUGCCGUAUAUAGCUUAAAGGGGUACUCCGCUGCUCAGUGUUUGGAACAAACAGCAGUCACGCCCCCUCCCAUAGACUUGCAUUGAGGGGGCGGGGCAUGAAGUCAUGAGGGGGUGGGGCUAUGACGUAACGAGCUCCAGCGUUCAGAACAGUUUGUUCCAAAUGCUGAGGAGCGGAGUACCCCUUUAAGUGCAGGCAUCUCCAUUUGUUUUAUAUUUAUUUUUGUCUGACCUGUCUGAAGCUCUCUCAAGCAAUGGGUCUAUUGUGAUAUUUUUUGUUCACCAUGGAUAUUCAUUAAUCUGAUUUGCAAUAUUGUUCAUCCCUAUUCUUUUAAUUUUCAUCCCUCACCUUUAUAACAGGAAAGGACCAUCAUCAUGAUUGGGGCCACCCUGUAAAGGAUGUGGGUACUUCAGAGGCAUGUAAAGAGGGAAUAGGGGGUAAAACAAUGCACACAUACUCCCGCACUGCUUUUUGUGAUUUUUCUUCGACCUCUGACAAAGUUAAGCCCUAAUUUACUGAUUAUUGGGUUUUACUAGUGUUGAAUCUUGAUUCUGAUUUGCAUUAUUCCACCCUAUUUACUAUGGGGACACACAGGCAGGAAAUUUCUGACCAGCUUUUUUAUUUUAUUUUUUUAAUACAUUUUUAGCCAUUUAAUUUCUAGUCAUCUAUUCAGACUUGUAUGAAUUCAGUAGUAAGUAGGCCAGGUUGUGAGAACAUGCCCCUUUUUCUGACUGGCCACACCCACUUCCUGCCUGGUCAUGCCCCUUUUUUUGGGGGGUUUGUAGGUUUGUUGUGACGCGCAACCCGACAAAAAAACAGGUUGGGUUCACGAUAGUAAAUCUGGCCAUAGUUGUGAUUUUGGUAUCCCUCUACUAAUUUGUCUAAUUCAGUGAUGUGAUUAAAAAAGUGCAUAAUUUUAAAGAUGCAUGCAUUUAUUUCUGAGCCUUUUUAAUUUUCUUUUUUUCUCUGCAGUACAGAAAAGCAACAAAAACCCUGCAUGUGAACCCAUGGUUAGACAGUGACCUAAUGUUCAAAUCAAGCUUUUAUGUUAAAGGGAAUCUGUUGGCUCUAAAUCCUGCUCAAGUGUCCAAGAGGUGGUGCUGAGCUCUGAGCUGCAGCCACCUCACUCCCCUACCCCUCCCUCCCUGCCUUGAUUGAUUGACAUACAAUGCCUUGCUACCAGCACUGAGCUGUGUAUGUCAAUCAAGGAAGGGAGGGGGUGUGAACUUUACAGUUAAAAUGUUAUUUUUGUUUAACCUACUUUUAUUUUGUAGGUCAAUAUGAUUACAAUAAUACCUAAUUUAUUUUAUUUCACUUUGUUUGAAUUAAAGCUUUUAAAAGAAAAUUUAUAUGCUUAAAAUCUGCAUGGGGGCUUUUAUUUAUAUUUAGCUGUGGUAUGUAUUUAAAGUCAUGAUAUGUUCCAAGCAUCUUUGAAGGGUCAAUGUUCUUAUAGAACACUACAGAUACAUUAAUAUUAACAGUGAAUAUAUUGAUAUGUUAUAUAUUUUUCUUGCUCUCAUGAGUGUCAUGCUUAGUUUUAAGGGAACCAGUGAUCAUUUUCAUGCUGUAUAAAAAGACAUUGGGGCCGUCACCGGUGGCUGCUUCCUACCCCACCAGUCUUGAUCCAAAGAUUUCUCCCUAUACCCAAACAGGUAUCUAUCUUAUCUAUCUAUCAAAGCUGGAGGGGGGGAAGCCGCUGGGACCCUACUUGAUGACUUGUGGUUCAGGCAGCAUGAAAGUGAUCACAGGUUUCCUGUAAUUCCACUGUUCUGCAUUUUUCCUGAUUUUAACUACUUGGCUACUCUAAUUUAAAAAUGCAAGGAUGAAUGUUCAUUGCCAUGAAUUUGAUAAUUACAUGUAUUUUCUAAGACUGCUCUCAAUUUCUCUGUAUCCCUGCAUGCUUAUUUAAAAUUAUUUUCAAAAAAGAAUUUGAAACUACACUGCUAAUAAUAAAAUAAAGGGAACACUUACAUUGUGUUUAACUCCAAGUCAAUCACACUGUGAAAUUACACUGUCCACUUAGGAAGCAACACUGGAUUUACCAGUUUGAUUGUCAAUCAAAGAAAGAAGAGAGUUGCACUCACCACAACUAAUGUCAGGUUCAAUCCAAUUUAUUAUCACCGAUACAGUGAAUAUACAGGAUAAAAAGUCAAGACCUCAGGGAGUGAGAGCGGCUGCUCUCAGACGCAGGGUAUACCACAAGGAGGCGACGAGUUUUGCGUCACGAAUCAACGCUUCUUCCGGCCAAUGGGUAUACGCCUACCUCUUGUAGUGAGCAUGUAUUUAUAUUGAUUACAAUAGGCGUGGCAACUGAAACAAACUAACAAUGUGUGUGAACGAACACAAACAAAGAAAACCACAACCAAUAUAAAAACAAAGUAACAAAAAGUUACAAUAAACUUACACCCACAAAAGACAUACAAAGAUUCACAAGAAAGCAGACAGAUCUUGCCUGUCGUUCAUACCUAUCGGACCCAUUGCGUUUAAGCGCAGGAUCCAAAACGCUUCGCGGCGCAGCAAAAAGGUAAGUUUAUCAACACCACUAGGUGUCGACUCUAUUCUCUCUAGUCCAGCGAAUUUGAGCGACUCACCCACACCGCCAUGAUGUUCAAUCAUAUGGGCGAUGAACCGAGGCGCCCCCUUCCCUGACCGCAGAGAAUAUAAGUGCUCCCUCACUCGUGUACAUAGUUUUCGCUUUGUCUUCCCUAUAUAGAAUCGUUUACAGGGACAAAUUAAACAGUACACAAUCUGGGUCGACUGGCAGGUGAUCAAUAGGUUAAUGUAGAUAUUUACACCCCCUAAUAUAAAAUUCCUGCUGGACCAAUUGUAACGGCAAUAGUUGCAAUUUCUGCAAGGAAAAUUGCCCUUAGGGGGUGACCUGUCGUAACCCAUGAUCAUUCUUAUCCUGAGCCAUAGUUUUAUUAUUUUUCUUGAUGACAUCUCCUAUAGUAGUGGACCUUCUGAAAGUAACGAUCGGUUUUUCUUUCCCUUCCUCCCCCAAUUCUUCAUCAUUUUCAAAAUAAAACUAGUUGUCCAUAAUACUCUUUUUGAUUAUCUGUUUAAUGGGGGAGUUAGCAAAAGAGAACACGAUUCGUUUGCAGUUUUUAUUCUUAUUCUCUUUUCUCUUAGAGGUUAGUAAUUGUUCUCUAUCUUUCUUCUCUGUUUUAAUAUAAGCCCUUUCAAUUAUCUCUUGAGGGUAGCCUCUAUCUUUAAGCAUUUUCUUCAACUCUUCAGCCUGUGUUACAAAAGUCUCAUUUUCACUAUUGACUCUUUUCAGUCUAAGAAACUGACUGUACGGUAUGUUAUUCCUAACAUAGGCUGCGUGCGAGCUACCAUAAUGAAGCAGGGUAUUUUUCGAUAUGGCUUUUCUAAAUCCUGUGGUCUGUAAACUGCCUUCAUUGAUACUUAAUUUUACGUCUAAGAAUACGAUGGCGGUGCCACCAAAGACAUAUGUGAACAACAUGUUCAUACCAUUCAUCUCAUUGAGAUAUUAGACGAAGUCCCGAAAGUCCUCCUCCGACCCAUUCCAGACAAUCAGGACGUCGUCCGCAUACCUAAAAAAAAAAUAAAAUAAAUAAACAA